CUCAUACUACGAAGACGACCUCCGACAACCACUCUCCACUCGCGUUCUUUCUACAAACUCCCUUGCUCUCUCGAAUCUCUACCGAGCGUACAGCAGGCUACGAUUCGAACUGCCCGCCAGCCACACCACAGCCCUCACCAUGAACCUCGACCGAGACGGCGAUUCGCAGAUGGCCUCUUCUCCCGAGUCCUCCCCGAUGGCCUCCGAUGACUCCAACCCCGGCACCCGCACCCCGACCAACAAGCUCCCAACCCACAUUCCUCAUUUCGACGGCUCCGAACUGUCCCCGCCCGGCUCGCAGACUCAGAGCAGCGCCUUCGAGGGUUCCGGAAAGUCUCACGGUCCCGGGGGACCGAUCGCCUCGCCGUUGGCAGCCCAGGGUCUUCUCCCCCAGGGCGCCCAGCAGUCCGCCCCGGUGGCGUCGUGGAUGAACAAGCGGGCGGAGGAGGAAUAUCAACGAGCGAUGGAAUUCGUCAUCGAUCAAGACUUCAGCUUGGAGGAAUUCGGGGAUCCGUUCGAUGAGAGAGAUAUGGAGGAAGGAGCUUAGGUGGGGGAGAUGGUAUAUUUGCGAAAUCAUCUUGCAUUGAAGCCAAUGAACAGCGUGGAGACUGGAGUUCUGGGUGUUGGGUGAUC